AUGUCUGGCCCUAUCCAGUCGUCGAAAGGAACUCUUCCCAAAAACAGCUCGGCCACUGGUAAGUUUUGUGCACCAUGCUCAGGUUCACUGAAACAAAAUGUGCUGCACGUAACUGCGAUCGUAGAUGGACUGACGGAUUGGAUCGAUCAGAUACAAUUGUCACCGAGUCAAGGUGACAGUUUGCCACAGUUAAACGCACAAGAGUAUAAAUCUCACCAGCAUUUUGCCAAACAAACUUUGGUGACGUGA